AUGGCUACUGUGUCAACCCCGCCAAGAGCUUCCAACACGCUCUCCAGGGAGAUGCUGACGGUGGCUCCAGCUCAAUGUCCGGCUAUGACAGCCGCAGCUGGUCAACUGCUUCCAGCAGACACGUCCAAGAUACAGGUCCCACCUGUGACUGCCCAACCAAUGCCUACUCCUAUAUUUCAAACUCAGACUGUUCCAGUGACCGCAACGUUUCCACAGCCACAAGUACUAACGACCCAAUGCACCCAAGCCCCAACAUUUUUCGCAGCACCUGCGCAAGUACUACCACCUGUGACCUUGCAGACCCCCCUGCCGGCUUCACAGACCGCCGUGGCAAGCACGGUGUCCGCUUCUGCUGCCCUUCCAGCAGCCCAGCCUUGCUCCACCCCGACGAUGGCAUGCAGGCAGAUACCUUCUGCACCGAUUUCGACGAUUUCGGCUCUGGAGCUCUGGGGUGUGUCGGGAGCUCUACCACCCCGUCCAAUCCAAAGACAAGUGUCCAUGCCCCUGACUGCCACAACCGGCCCAUCGCUCCCACCGGCAGCCGCGACACAGUCUGCACAGGCUCCUGCUAGAAUUCUCGCACAAGAGCCUGGGUUUCAGCAAGCCUGCAGCUCGGUGAAGCUCCCACUACGAGCAGGCCGAUCGGCAGUCGCUUCGCCCAUGUCGCCCGUGCCAGAGCAGGACGAAGAAGCCGAAGGUCCACGUCUGGAGGCGCCCAAGCCUGGCCAGCUGCCAACCUCCGCACCAGCAAUUCUCAGACCUGGUUCAGCUCCUGUGACCCUGGCUUCUACCGAGAACUGGCUUCCACAG